UCCAGUAGAGCAGAGUGGACAAACCCAAAACACGCUCGGAUUAGCAGUCAGCUGUCAGAAAACAACAGCCUGACACUCAUUUAAUUGAGUAAAUUAUUUUCCGCCGGUAAACAAUGUGACCAUGUGAGAAGAACCCUUUGGUGAGGACUGUCACAAACACAUGACAACCAGCCUGGUUGUGAGAGGAGCACCAUGGCAUCCCAGCCGAGCAGCUACAAUGAAGAAAGGAACCUUCUUCGAAUGCAAGCCUGGGAGCAAAGGAACCAGGAGACCAUCCAAGCCAAAGAAGCAAAGCCUCAAAAUGUGCCACUCUUUGGGGAGCCAUACAAGACAAACAAAGGUGAUGAACUCUCUAGUCGAAUCCAAAGGAUGUUGGGAAGUUAUGAAGAUGUAAAUCAUCCGUAUCGUGGAUUGGACAGCCUUGCCACUGAGCCUUAUACCCAUAUAGCCUUGCCACAGUCACAUCAGGGUCCGCCUCAUUCAGCUAAGUCAAGCAAGCCUCCAUUCUGUAACCAGGUCCAUCACAUGUCCUCACAAAACCUAAGAGGCCCCUCUCAUAGUAAUUCCUCCUCACAGCCAGUUAUUGGGUCGGCUGUCUCUUCUACCCCGAACCACAGCGGACAUUCUUCCCUGAAUGACGGUCGCAUUAGUCACUCUGUACAUCAGCAGAAGAAGGCUGAAGCCCUGCCUAAACUGUCUGCUAAUGCUGAGCAGCAUCCCUCUUUACAUUCCAGUGAGCAAAAUAACAGAGACCCUAAAAGCACAGAUGGCAAUACAGAUGGGCAUAAGAACCAAGAAUUCACAGGUCAUCGAUCUGAGUGCGGAACCAUCAAUGAUACCAUCACCUUGGAUCCUCAGCUCGCUCACAAAGAUUUAUCUCUCUCCCAAGCCAACAAGGGAAACUCACUACCUUCACAAACCUUCCCUCCACUGCUCUGCUCAAAGGUGCCCACCAUAGUCAUGACCCAGAAACCGACAGCCUACGUGCGGCCCAUGGAUGGUCAGGACCAGGUGAUCAGCGAGUCACCUGAUCUUAAGCCUUCACCAGAGCCAUAUACACAUCUACCAGAGGUAAUCACCAACAAGCCUAACCUGGAUAAAAUGAAGAUGCUGCCAGAAAUUUUGGAGACUGGGACAAAUGAAGCACAGCAGUGUGUGGAAGACAUCUUGAGGGAAAUGACCCACUCGUGGCCCCCUGUCUUGACAGCCAUUCGAACACCAAGCGCAGAUGAGCCCUCCAAGUCCACUUUAUUGCCUAAGGAAGCAGAGUGUCUCUCUUCAGCAUUUACAGAAAAAAAAAAAUGUAACUCUUAUACAGAUUCCUCUGGUAUUGGCCUUCAGAGCUUUUCAUCUUUGCCUGAACCAGUACAUUCCAGUGGGGGAGAUUCUGCAAGCUCAGGUGGUUCAGGGAGUAGUUCCAGAUCAGAGUCAGACAGUGAAGGUCCUGCUGUGGAGCCACAGCUACCUCCAGUAAGCAACUCAACUAAUAGUAAGCGUGAUGAUCCUGCAGUGGUUUGUGGUGAUUGGCAGUUGGGCAACUGGAUCAAGUUCAGUCAACAGAACUCUAGUACUGAAAGUCAAGCCACUGCAGAUGCCUCUGAUAUUCCCAGUUACAAGCAGCUACUGUCCUCUCAAAGCUUCCAGCAUGCCACCGCAGACCUGGUCAACCCCACCCCAGAAUCAAAGCCUCAGCUUUCUUCUCACCAAAAACAAAUGAGUGGUGACCUUUCAGAACCUCAGCAGCACAGUGAAAAUUCUCAGAUCAUCCCUGGGCAGGGAAAAAGUUCACAGUUUCUGUGCAAAGAUGUGAACAGCUGCACUCUUACCACAAAAACAUCUGAAAACACACACCCCUCAAAACCAGCCAAGAUCCCAUUCUCAGACCAUAGUGUAGCAGCUCACAGUGUUCAGUGUGAAGAUGUUUUAGCUCCACAAGACAAAGACUCGUGUUUCACAGAUGGGCCAAAGGUGAAGACGAAAACAAGACGUGACAAAAAAAGCAAUGAGAGCAGUGACUGUAAAACACACAGUAAGAGCACUACAAAACACAGGUCCCGGAACAGGUGGAAGGUUGGAUCUGAGCCGGGGAGUGAAGUUUCACUGGUCCUGUAUGGUCACUGUUCAUCUUGUGGAGUCAGAUUUCCUAGUUCUUGUUCAUGUGUCACUCAGCAAGACCAGUUGUCCCCUGCCCCACCAGUAAGGGUCAGUUGUAGCAACACCAAGAAAGAGACUGUCAACCAGAAAGAUAUCAAGACACCCAAAGGCUUGCAGCCUGCAACCCACAGCCUGCCAGCGAAGGCUGAACACAAAGCCCAAGUUCCAAAGGACCUCCAUAGGAUUACUGGAUCCCUGUUGGUGAAGAUUAAUCUCAGUCUGCUCUCAAGAGUGCCUCAAAUCUCAGGACUCCACCAGGAGAUAUCCAGCAAAGUGAAGCAACCUGCAUUUGUUGUAGACAAAGAGGGAGGUGGCAGUGAAGCACAAACAACCAAACUUGUGAAAACAUGCAAAAAGAACAGACCUAUCAAGAAUGUUGAGAUAGACUGUAAAGCUCUACCCAGGAAGAAGCAGAGACUGGAGAACCUGACUAAGAAUUACCUACCAGCUGAUGCUUCAACCCAACCACAAAAUUCCAGAAAUCCAAAAGAGGACUGGGGAAGAAAUAAGGUCAAGAAAAAGCAUGGACAUCUACAACAGUCCCUUAAAGAAGCUGUUAAAGAAUCAAAGCCACACAAACGCUGCUCUGACGAGAUGCGGGAAUCCAGUAAAGUUGUUGCAAAAAGCAGAGAUGGCCAUAAGCACAAGAAGAGUUCCACAAAGCACUCUGGCCACUCAAAACCUGAAAAGCAGAAGCCCCCAAAGAGCAUGGAUGCCAUCCCAUCAUCUUCACAGCCCACCAGAGAUGCCGGGAAUAAAAGACCUUUGCUCAGAAUUGAGGACAGGCAGUACCCAGUGAAGCAUUACAUAAAGGAAGCCAAAAGACUUAAGCACAAAGCAGAUGCAGAGUCAGAUAAGCUCAGUAAAGCGUUUAACUAUUUGGAUGCGGCCAUGUACUUUGUUGAGAGUGGAAUUGCCAUGGAAAAAGAUCCACAGAUUUCAAUGUCUUCCUACACUAUGUUUGCAGAGACAGUGGAGCUCCUCAAGUUUGUUGUGAAACUCAAAAAUCCAGUGGACCCGUCUGCUCCACCCUCAGAAAAGGACUUUUUAGUUCUGUGCAUGAAGUGCCAGUCCCUCCUACAGAUGGCCAUGUUUCAGUACAAGCAGAAAACCGCACGCACUUGUUCAAAGACGCUCACCGAACACUUCAUUAACUCUUCUCAAACAACACACGAUCCUUCUGCCUGUUUGUUAAAAGGCUUCAACACUUCAUCUGUUACGUCCUCUCCAGCAAACACACCCACCUGCUCAGGUCCUGGCUCCGGCCACUGUGAGGGAGGAGGCGGAACAGUAACAGUUCCUCGGGCUAUUGAGCAAAUGGCACUCGUGUAUGUGAACAUCACUUCUUUAAUCUUGAGCGCUCAUGACGUGUGGGAGCAGGCUGAGGAGCUGGCACACAAAGGCAGUGGUAUGUUAGCAGAGCUGGACACAGUUAUGGGCCCACUGACCCUGACCUCAAGCAUGAACUCUAUGAUCCGCUACACAAGGCAGGGUGUCCACUGGCUGCGGCUGGACAGUCAAAAGGCAUUACUACUACGACUUCUGUUGUAUUUAUUGGUGUGUGUGUGUGUGUUCGUUCAUUGAGCAGUAAUGGCGGAAAGAAACGCUGUGGGCUUUGGAUGUAUAUUCCUGGGAAAAAAAAGCAUAAUGCACUUCGAUUACCAUGUAAAAGUACACUUUAGAGUACAUUCUUGAAAUAAUAUUGUAACACAUUAAUUACUUUAAAAUGCACUGGAUUUUUUUUUUUUUUUCUUCCUAUAAAUCCUUAUUAUAGCGUACUCUCACAUUACUGAUGUCUGGAAAGUUAUGAAGCCUCCCACAGGUCUAAUCUUACCUACGUAGGACGCAUCUAAAUCUAAUGCAAAGAAAUAAACCCGCUGAAAUGUAAAGUCACAAAUGGUGAUAUUAAAUCAGCAUUCAGUCAUUUCAAGUAAUCCCUUUCUUUGGCAUCUUUGCUUCAUGGUAUCUGUAAAUCCUAAAUCGCUGCUAUUUCAGAAAGGAUGAAACACUUUUGCAAUGGUUAGGAACGGGCAACAAAAAAAGGAAAAUGUGGCUCACUGUAAAUGUGUAACAUGACAUUUGUUUGUCGGGCCAGACAAAAUAAAUGUUGAAAGUACGAGGGUAGGCUGAAAAGUUCUAAGUACAGAAACAGUUAAUGCAUUAACUGCAUCAUAGUGAGCCUUAGAACUUUUUAGCCUACACUCGUAGGUUGAAUUUUGUAGAUCAUGGUGUGCACCAUAUCAAAUAAAAAGCUUCAGAUGCAGAAUUUUUCUUCCACAUACAAUCUUUACAACUUAAAAAAAAUCAAAAGAAGUUUCUGCCUUAAUUUAUUCUAUAGUUUUCAAAGGUUUCUUAAACCAGUCCUGAUGGAGAGGAUUAAAUUUGAGUUUUAAGAAGAUAAUGUAAGUACUGGCAUGUUUCCUUGUGAAUAACAGUGUCUUUUAUUCGGUUUAAUUGAUGCUCCUUUUGAUUAUUGAUGUUCAUGUUGACUACAAAAAGUCAUUUCAUUUGCCCUUACUGUAUUGUUUCAGAUAUUAAUUAAAAUUUUCUCCUCAUGCUGAUUACAAAAUGUUUGCUAACAAUGUGAGAAUAGGUCAAACGGCCAAAGAAUAGGUUACAAAAAAGAUCCACUUUGUGCGUUUUAUUGGCCAGAGUG